GAGGCCGGCCGCCGUGAGCAAUGGGGACGCCGUGGACGCAGCUUUCUCUGAGGCCCAGCGCUCCAGCUGGAGGCGGAAGAGUUCCCGUCGCAUCGAGCGGUUUACUUUCCCCGCCCUGGAAGAAGAUGUGAUUUACGACGACGUCCCCUGCGAGAACCUGGACUCGCAGCAGCCGGCAGAGGCGGAGAGGAACCAGCCCUACGAGGAUGUGCACCAGGACAGGGCGCCCCGGGAGCCGGAGGACCUAGGCUGGAGCUCCAGCGAGUUCGAGAGCUACAGCGAGGACUCAGGCGAGGAGGCCAAGCCAGAGGCAGAGCCCACCAAGCACCGAGUGUCCUUCCAGCCCAAGCUUUCUCCAGACCUGACUAGGCUAAAGGAGAGAUGCGUCAGGACUAAGAGAGACAUCCUGGCUCUCCGAGUCGGGGGCAGAGACAUGCAGGAGCUGAAGCACAAGUGUGACUGUAAGAUGACCCAGCUCAUGAAGGCGGCCAAGAGCGGGACCAAGGACGGGCUGGAGAAGACGCGGAUCGCCGUCAUGCGCAAAGUGUCUUUUCUGCACAGGAAGGACGUCCUGGGUGACUCGGAGGAGGAGGACAUGGGGCUCCUGGAGGUCAGUGUUCCGGACAUCAAACCCCCAGCCCCGGAGCUGGGCCCCAUGCCAGCUGGCCUGACCCCGCAGCAG